ACCGUACUAGUGGGUAUUUCAACAUAACCUUACAUUGUGCGACACGUGUUUUAUUAUACAAAUUUUAGUUUUGUAAAUAAUAUUUAAAUCACGUAUUAGAUGUUUUUCUAUUAUUGGUAAUACAAUAAAGCUACAAUAAUGGCAAAGUUUUGUCUUAAAAAACCAAGUAAAAGAAUAUUGGCUCGUAAGAGGUAUAAAAUAGAAAAAAAGGUCAGAGAACAUAAUAGGAAAUUGAGAAAGGAAGCAAAGAAACAUCCAAAAAAAAAACCAAAGUUAAUUCAAAUACCAAAUCAAUGUCCUUUUAAGGAAGAGAUUUUACAAGAAGUAGAGGCAUUUAAAAAACAAAAGGAAGAAGAAAAGCGAAAACAAAAAGAAGAAGCUCAGCAAAGAAAACGUGAAGAACUUGCUAAUAUUGGUAUGAAGGGCUUAUUAGAUAAUGCAGAAAGUAAACAAAUGGAACAUGAGAAUGCCGAAAAUAUAUUAACUAAAGAUGCAAAAAAAUAUUCAAAAGAAGAAAAUUCCCUUAAAGCUUACUAUAAAGAGUUUAAAAAAGUUAUAGAUCAAUCAGACGUUAUUCUUGAAGUAGUUGAUGCUAGAGAUCCUCUUGGAACUCGGUGUAGCCAGGUUGAGGAAAUAGUACGAUUAUCAAAUGGUAUUAAGAAACUAGUAAUUGUAUUGAAUAAAGCAGAUCUUGUACCAAGAGAGAAUUUAGAUGAGUGGCUGAAAUAUUUACGAAGAAGUUUACCAGCAGUUGCUUUUAAAUCUUCUACACAAGAUCAAGCAAAGAGAUUGGGCCGAAGAAAACUUGGUCAUAAAAAGGAAGAAAAUAUUCAAAGCUCGGUUUGUUUUGGAGCUGAAUUAUUAAUUUCUCUCUUGGCAAAUUACUGUAGAAGCUAUGAUAAUACAAAAACUAGUAUUCAUGUAGGUGUUGUUGGUCUUCCAAACGUUGGUAAAUCUAGUAUUAUUAAUUCAUUAAAGAGAAACAAAGCUUGUAAUAUUGGUAGCACACCAGGUGUGACAAAAUGUAUGCAAGUAAUACAACUUGACUCAAAAAUAAAACUUCUAGAUUCACCAGGUAUCGUAAUCGAAAACUCUAAAAAUGUAGAUCCAUCCUUUAUAGCAUUAAAAAAUGCUAUCAAAAUUGAAUCAAUAAAAGAUCCAUUUACCCCUGCAAGCUUAAUUUUAAAACGAGUAACUACUCAACAAUUGAUGGAAUUGUAUGAUGUGCAUGAAUUUCGAUCACCCGAGGAAUUUUUUGCAAAAAAAGCUACCAGAAUGGGAAAGUUUAAGAGAGGUGGUAUACCUGAUAGUUUAGCAGCAGCUCGUAGUGUACUUACAGAUUGGACUACAGGAAAAAUCAGAUAUUUCACAGUACCACCUGAAGAUAAAAAUUGUCAUGUAUCUGCUACCAUGAUUAAUUUAACCACAAAAGAUUUUGAUAUUGAAAAUUUUGCAGAAGAAGAGAAAAUGUUAUUUGAUAAUUUAACAACAAAUAAUAGUCUUAAAUCUGUCAUUCAGCCUUUAAAAAUUGAUAGUACAGGUCCAGUUGAAGCAGUGAUGGAUAUAGAAGAAAACAAAAUUAAUGAUAAAGUUUUAACUAAAAGAGCAAGGAAGAGACUUAAUGCAAAAGAAAAUAAAAAUCUACUAAUUCAACGAAAACGAAAAACUGAUCCAUUAUUUGAAAUUGAAGGAAAUCAGCAGUUAAAUAAAAUAAAGAAGUUACAGUUUAAGAAACAGAAGAAAGAGUCUGGAAGAAGAGCUAAAGAAGCCACAGAAUUAGCUGAUAUUUUAGGUGGAGUAAAUUUAUCAUUAAAUGAUUAUGAUUUUAAAACCGAUUUUUCGGUUAAAUAAAAAAAAUACUU